AUGUCUACUGUGAUAGUGAAUGGAGUACAAGAACGGGUCUACGCCUCCAACAAACAAGUUUUCGUUAUUGUCAGACACCCGAGAAUCAACGUAAAUCAGAUUGCAUCGGUAAUACGAUCAGAACCGAGGGGAAAUACCGCACUAUACCAAGUUCAAGCUGGACACGUUUCGGACUGGUUCUACCAUGAAGAAUUGUGCGAACAUCCGAUCCCCGUCGGCGAUGCGAAGAACUGGCAUGGAACCACCUAG